AUGGAACCAUUCGUGCUAUCGCUCCUAGUAUUGUUACCAGUCAUCGUGCUCGUGCAAUAUGCCUUCACCUACGGUCAUCGGAUUAGCACCAUGCCCACCGGUCCACCUACUCUACCCUUUAUUGGAAACAUUCACCAGAUCACCAAGAAAUACACCCAUAUCAAAUUCACCGAAUGGGCCGCCCAGUAUGGCGGGUUAUAUAUGCUGAAGAUCGGAAAUGGCAAUAUGGCCGUCAUCACCGAUCGCCGACUAGUCAAAGAAGUCCUCGAUCGCAAGAGUGGCAUCUACAGCCAUCGGCCCCAUUCUUUUGUCUCGCACGAUCUCAUCACCAAGGGCAAUCACCUAUUGGUCAUGCAUUAUGGCGACCAGUGGCGCACCUUCCGACGACUGGUUCACCAGCAUUUCAUGGAGACGAUGGUGGAUAGCCACCAAACCAAAAUUGUCAACGCCGAAGCUAUACAGCUCGUGCGAGACUACAUGAUCAGCCCGGAGCACCAUAUGGCCCAUCCCAAGCGGUACAGUAACAGUAUCACUAACUCGAUCGUAUUCGGAAUCCGCACGGCCAACCGGAAGGGAUCAAACAUGCGACGGCUUUACAAACUCAUGGAGGAAUGGUCGGAAGUCAUGGAAACCGGCGCAACACCACCAGUAGACUUAUUCCCAUGGUUGAAACUGCUGCCACAGUGGUUGUUUAACAACUAUAUCAACCGGGCCAAGUCCAUCGGUGUGCAGAUGGAGACCCUCUACGUCCACAUCUUGAAUAAGGUGAUCAAGCGUCGGGAAGAGGGCCGCAACAAUGGCACCUUCAUGGACAAGGUCUUGGAUAGCCAGGAGAAACAUAAUCUCCCCUGGCACCAACUAGCUUUUAUCGGCGGCGUUCUGAUGGAAGGCGGUUCGGAUACUACCUCCAGUCUAACCCUGGCUAUCGUGCAAGCGUUGAUCCAGAACCCCGAUGUCCAGCGAAAGGCGCAUGCUGAGAUUGAUGCUGUGGUCGGCCACAAUCGGAGAAGGCAAGGCCAUCUUUUUCUUCUUUUCUUUCACGUUCUUUCUUUCGAAUUUGAUCAUCUUCUAACCUCUGUAUCAGACGACUGGGUCGAUGGUAAAUUCCUCCCCAAAGGCACAACAGUCGUGGUCAACACGUGGGGAAUUCACAUGGAUCCGUCCCAACCCGAUGAUCCAACCGCUUUCAUCCCCGAGCGCUUUGCCAACCAUCCUCAUUUGGCUCCAGACUAUGUGCCGGGGACAUGGGAACGUCGCGACCACUACGGCUACGGCGUUGGGCGCCGGAUUUGUCCUGGCAUCCACCUUGCCGAGCGCAACAUGUUCCUAGCCAUUGCUAAACUGGUGUGGGCAUUCGAUUUCCAGCCGGGAGAGGGCUCGGUGGAUAGUGAUCCGGUGAGUGGGUAUCAUAAUGGCUUCCUUUACUGUGCCAAAGAUUAUCCUUGUCGACCUGUGGUACGCAACGAGAUCAUUCGGGCUACGAUUGAGAGGGAAUAUGCCACUGCGACGACGGAUGUGUUUUCUAUGUUCACUGAGGGAUAG